AAACGUCGAACCCUUUAACCACCUUUCCUAUUGCAGCAACGCAUCCAAUUUCAGCCCUCUAGAAGCAUCAUCCGCGGGAUUCUCUUCACUUUUAACAUAUUUCCACUCUGAGACGUUUGAUCCGUUAUGAAUGAUAGUAAGGCGAUUGGACUCGAAUUUAAUUGGACUAUAUUUAUAGCAAAGUUAAAUAUUGGCUAUUGUUCAAGUAAAUUUAGAAUUGUUGGUGCUUAUGCUGUACUUGAGUGAGAAAACGAUACAAAAUUUCACGUAUUUGCCAUUAAACACAUGCAAGGCUAACACAUAAAACGAUUUUGUUUUAAAGUUGACCCCCCGUCACUUUUGUGACGUCAUAUGAAACCCAAGAAUAGAGUCACAGAUACAUAGUACGGCAAAAUAUAGUAAACGAAAAAUAUAGUACAUGCAGCAAAUUAAAAGCCUCGAGCGAAACUUUGUUUGCACGUUUACAAAACUAGCAAAACUCCUAUAUUUGAUAUUAUAUAAUAUCUUAUUGAAUUCUGAUCGUUUAAUUGGCUGUUUAUGGUCACGUGAUGUUGAAUAGAAAAUUUUAUUUCCCAAGAGUGCAAUGGAAUACGUUCCAUUCCACUCUUCGCGAGUACAAUUGUACUAUACGUUUUAUUCCAUUGCACUCUUUAUGUUUUCGAUAAAUCGCAUCCGUCAAAAUGCUUCUCAUACGAAUCUAUUAGUCUAUUUUGGUAUUAUAUAAAAUAAAUAAUGAAUGUUUAUGAGUGCAAUGGAAAGAAUAUUUUCAUUCGGUGAAAGAUGGAAUGUUAGAUUCAACUCGGCUGUCGCCUCGUUCAAUGUAACAUUCCAUCUUUCACCGAAUGAAAAUAUUCUUACCAUUGCACUCAUAAACAUUCAUUAUUUGUAUAUCAUAUACCGCAUUACAUAAUAUAAUUAUUUACCCUUGCCCAUGCGAAAAAUGAUUUAAAAGAACAACAAUAUAAGUAAAAAGUAAAGAUCGUAACAACCCAUCACCCCGAAUUGCGAAACACGUGAAUUUAUAGAGAAACACGUGAAUUUAUAGAGAAACACGUGAAUUGCUUCAUAGCUCGUAUUCCAGCGUGUUCCUGGCGGGGUUCCGGGUGUUCCGGGUGGGUUCCGUAUGUUUCGGGUGGGGUUCCGGCUUUUACAGACACCAGACUUUAUUUAAGUUUGCAUCGACUUUAUUUAAGUUUGCACCGACUUUAUUUACGUUUGCACCAACUUUAUUUAAGUUUGCAUCGACUUUAUUAAAGUUUGCACCGACUUUAUUUAAGUUUGCAUCGACUUUAUUUAAGUUUGCAUCGACUUUAUUUAAGUUUGCACCGACUUUAUUUACGUUUGCACCAACUUUAUUUAAGUUUGCACCGACUUUAUUUAAGCUUGCACCGACUUUAUUUAAGUUUGCAUCGACUUUAUUUAAGUUUGCACCGACUUUAUUUAAGUUUGCACCGACUUUAUUUACGUUUGCACCAACUUUAUUUAAGUUUGCACCAACUUUAUUUAAGUUUGCACCGACUUUAUUUAAGUUUGCACCGACUUUGUUUAAGUUUGCACCGACUUUGUUUAAGUUUGCAUGUCCCUUGUGGGCCAUCGUACUUUCGUCAUUUGCAAUAUCAUUAAAUAGUUUAGUAGUUAGGAUUUGUCUUCUAUUAAAUAAUGAGUCAACUCCCGCUUCUACCAAAGCUUCUGCAUAAGGUAACGUUGGGAAGAUUAUAUGAAGGGCUCGCUUCUGUAACUUCUCCAGAUCUUCGCAUAGGUAAUUGGGUAAGGAGUCGUGGAAAACGGGACAAGCAUAUUCCAUCACAGGACGCACACAGGUCAGGUAAAAUGUUAGUAAAUCCUUUCUACAGAUUUUUGUUCUUUUUAGUUGACAAAGAAAGAAGAGUCUUGUUGAAACUUUCUUUACAAUCUCUGAGAUGUGGGUAUUCCAUUUAAGGUCGUUCGUAAUUCGCAUGCCCAAUAUCUUUGCGGAAGGGACAACUUCGAUUGGUUUAUUAUUAACAUACACGGGUGUAAACGUAUACGCCCGGGUCUUGCAAAGGUAAUUUGAAGCUCUUUGCAUUUCUCUUCGUUUAACUGAAAUUUAUUUGCAGUUGAUUUCCUUAUAAACUCGUCUACCUGAGAUUGGAUGCUGCUGGUUUCAUGUUUAAGGACAAUCUCGGAGAUUGUAUAGUAUCGUCCACAUACUUCCAUAAAUCUAUAUCCGCUACUUUUAGGUCAUUUAUCAUUAUAGCAAAUAGCCAAGGACCCAAUUUAGUCCCUUGAGGGACGCCUGCCGGAACCAAACCCCAUUCGGAGUGACAAUCUUGGCUUAACUUGACGCGCUGUUUACGGUCUUUGAGAAAAUUAACGAUCCACCCAAUUAUUCGCUUUGGUAUUUCAAAGGUAGUAAGCUUGUCUACGAUAAUAUUUCAACAAGUAUGAUUUGAUUAGGCCAAUUGUGACGUCAGAGUCACGGAUAUAAGAUGGCAAGCAAUCAGAGGGCAAGCAAUUAUAUGUUCUAGGAGCUCUAUUAAAAUAGCUAUUUUGAAAAGUUAAAGUGUUUAUUCUAGGAACGUUAGUUAAUUAAAAUAUUUUUAGUUGAAUUGUAUCUCGUGACACGACCACUAGACUUCACAACAAUGUUUGGAUCAUUUAACUUCAGAGCUUUGAAGAAAUAUACCAAAUCCAGGUACUCGUGCCAGUAGCACAAAGGAAGUAACCCUGUUAAUAGCAGCCGAUCUUAACUUUAUAACUGGUUUCAGACUGAAACGGUAAGGAUAAUAUAAAACUUGUUGCACGCCGUUGUACUUUCUCGAGAUCGAGGAUAAGUGCUACAGAUUGUGGUGACCAGACUUGUGAGCUAUACACGAAGUGACUUCAAACUACUGUUUUAUACAGUGCGGUUCUUAUACGUGGAUCGCGUAUGUCGGCUGAAGUCCUUAUGAAUCCCAGCAUUCUGUUGGCCUUUGUACAUACAGCAUUAAUUUGUUUCCUCCAUUUGAAAUCUCCAGUAAUUAAAACGCCGAGAUCUCUUUUUACAACUAGUUUCUUGCUCAGUGAGGUGCUAGUAUAAUUAUCAUUGAUCAAAGAUAGGAUGCCACUGAACAGAAUUUACAUUUCUUGUCACUGAGAACACCACAUUUUGACUGAUUUAGGGUCAUACGCCAUACUUGACACCACUUGUUGAUUCUAUCAAAAUCGCACUGGAGAUCCCUAAAGUCCUGGACUUUACUUAUUGCACGAUAACACUUGGUUUCAUCAGCAAACAGGGCUACGGACGAUGUCGUGGUCUGUUGAGGUAAGUCAUGUUAAGAACUGGUACUUCAUUUUAGGCUAUUAUAAUGAUCACACUUAUGUAUAGCUAUAUGAUUGGUCGGAGCAGUCAUGUGAUAUUGGUGGCGUGUUCGUGGGCUUUGAACUCUGUGUGCUCACUCUCUUAUCGUUUCAUAUUUCGUACAGUAAAGUUGUUUUGUUGGAUACAUAAUAAAUAUGAUUACUUAAAGCUAAUUACAAAUACAAUAUUCGAUCAUUAUCAUAAUGUCAAUAGGUUAUGGGCCCAGGACGAAAAAUGUCCUUUAAUAAAUCGAAUGUUAGUUACUGAAACGAUAUUAUAGCAUGGCCUCGUCGGAUGCUUUGAGUACGCUGAAAUUUGCGAAGUUGAACGGUAGGAAUUACCAAUCAUGGACCUUCAAUAUGCGGUUAUAUCUGGAGAUCAUGGACCUGUUUCAGUAUGCACUAGUGCUGAAUCUCUGAAUAGUGCACGAAAGAACAUUCUGAAGACGCAUUUUCGGUACAAAGAGGAAAAUUUCGAAAUACCAGACAACAUGGAAACACUGAUAAUCGAAGUAAAUAUUUGCAGAGUGGAAACCAGUGGCGUAACGUUAUAUCAGGGGGCCCCCGGUUCAAAGUUUUCGAAGGCCCCCCUAGUAGAAGUGCCAAAGGCACGAGUCGAGCACCGUAUAUGCACAAGUUUUCUAGGGGGUCCAGGGCAUGGUCAUCCGGAAAAUUUUUGAAUCUAGACUCCCUGAAAUGCCAUUUCCUGGACUUUGGGGAGAGAUUUUACAGAAUUCUGAUGGUCAUAAAACGACAUUGUAACAUAUCUGAGGCCCUGGCCAAUGCUUUUGCCCUAUCACCUAAGCCUAGGGGCCCCCAUUUGGGUUGGGGGCCCCCGGGUUCACCCGGUCUGAGCCCAUAGUAGUUACGCCACUGGUGGAAACACUGAGAAUCGAAGUAAAUUCUUUCAGGGUAAAUGUCAAAUUGCCAAGAGAAAGGGCACUAUGCCAGAGACUGUCCGAAGAAAAAGACGAAGAAUGAAUCAAGCAAAACUACUAAAAGUAAUCAAACGGCCCGUUGUGCGAAAGAACAAGGUUCAGAGUCAUUUCAUGACGACGAAGCAUUGACCUCAAGCUCGUUGAAUGUCUGUGGUAAAUCUGACUGGAUAAUUGAUUCGGGAGCAACUCAACAUAUGACAUUUGAACAAGAUGCUUUAGUGGACUAUGUCGAGUUUAAGCAACCCUGUUGUUGAUGAUCACAUCCAAAAUAUAUCCUUGCGUGAUGUACUGUACUUGCCCGACUUGGAUAAAAACUUGUUAUCGGUGCGUGCAAUGAUAAAGCUUGGAGCUGUUGUUUCAUUUGAGGAUGAUAUUUGCAAAGUUUCACGGAAUUAACUCGAAACUUUUGGCUGUUGGUGAAAUUCAAGGAAAACUUAACGUUUUGAAGAUCAUGGAAGAACAUGUGAAUGUUGCUAGUGAAGAAUCUGAUUUGUAUUUAUGGCACUGUAGAUAUGGUCACUUAGGAAUGGAUAAUGUUGUUAAGCUUGCUAAUGGAGAUAUGGUUAAAGGAAUGGAUCAUGUGGCAGGUGAAAAGAACUGUUUUUGUGAAGCAUGUGUUAUGGGAAAACAGCAUCGAUGUCCCUAUCCAAAAGGUGUGUCUUAUCGUGCUAAAGAACCAUUUGAACUCAUUCAUAGUGAUGUGUGUGGACCCAUGUCUGAAAGUUCACUUGGUGGAUCUCGCUAUUAUGUUACCUUCAUCGAUGACUUUUCGAGAUACUGUACACUUAUGUUUAUUUCCUGAAGAAUAAAAGUGAGGUGUUGGAAAAGUUUAAGGACUUCCACAAUUAUGCGGUGAAUGUUACUGGGAAAAGAAUUAAAGUUAUUCGUACAGACAAUGGUGGAGUAUAUUGCUCAAGGGAAUUUGAAUUGUUUUUGAAGGAAAAUGGAAUUCUUCAUCAACUAACUGUGCCAUAUAACCCGGCACAAAACGGUGUUGCAGAGCGGAUGAAUCGCACUAUUAUGGAAUCUGCUCGAGCUAUGUUGUGUCAUUCACUUUUACCAGAUAAGUUAUGGGCUGAAGCGGUGAACACUUCAGUUUAUAUUCGUAAUAGGAGCCCUACAGCUGCCUUGGAUGGUAUUACUCCAUACGAGUGUUUGUUCAAGCAGAAACCGGAUGUUACAAAUUUACGUGUAUUUGGUUGCGUUGCUAUGUGCACAUUCCUGAUGGUCAGCGCAGAAAGCUGGAUGCGAAGUCGAGAAAAUUAAUUUUUGUUGGAUAUCCUGAAGGAACAAAGGGGUACAAAUUUUAUGAGCCAAGUUCUCGAAAGUUCAUACGAAGUCGUGAUGUUGUUUUCCUGGAGAAGGAAUUUCAUGACUUUGGGUGUAAACAGUCUGCAUCGUGUCUUGAUUAUGAUGAUGACAAGGAUGUUCCUGUUGUUAUUAAUCAGCAAUAAUAAAAUAAUAAAAAUCAGCAAUCGGAAAGAGAUUUGAUGUUGAAGAUUUGGGAGAGCUGCAUUAUGUUCUUGGAAUGAGUGUCAAGCGAAAUCGUAGACUACGUACAUUGUCGAUAAGUCAGAAGACGUAUUUACAAGGCGUUCUCAAGCGAUUUGACAUGGAAAACUGCAAAUCUGGUCAACACCAUUAGAGUUUGGAAGAAGUAUGAAGCCCUAUCUGAAGAAGAGAAUCCUGUUGAUGUGAAUUUAAACACCCAAAUUGCUAUUGACCUGAUCUAGCUGUUGCCAUCGGUGUUCUAUCAAAGUUCAUGGCAGAUCCUGGACUAGAACAUUGGAAAGGAGUUAAGAGAGUCUUACGUUAUAUACAAGGCACAUUAGACUAUGGUCUCAGCCUCUCAGGUACACUUCUGAUGGUAAAGAACCUAUUUUAAUUAACUGAUUAUUCUGACGCUGACUGGGGAGGAGAUUUGACUACACGUAGAUCAACCACAGGAUACGUCUUUCAAAUACAAGGAAAUACAGUAAGCUGGUGUAGCAAGUUACAAGGUUGUGUGUCAAAGUCAACUACCGAAGCUGAAUAUGUUGCGCUAAGCACAGUUUGCCAAGAAGGAGUUUGGUUGAGAAGAUUGCUUGAUGGUAUUUCUGUUAAACAGUGUAAUCCUACUGUUCUAUUUGAAGAUAAUCAAGGAGCUAUUGAGUUGUCGAGAAAUCCAAAGUUUCAUGCUCGCACAAAGCACAUUGAUGUUUCGUAUCAUUAUGUGAGAGAAAAAGUAAAUCAGAACAUUGUUUCUGUGGUGUACUGUGCAAGCAAGGUCAUGUUAGCAGAUGUUAUGACUAAGGGAUUGUCUAAGGUUCAAUUUCAGAAAUUCAGAGACAUGUUGGGAGUUUUUGAAAUCAAAGAAUGACUGUUGCUGAACAUUUUGAACUUUAAAGUUAAUUUGUUAAUUUGUUAAUGGUGUAAUCAUUAAGUGGGAGUGUUAAGAACUGGUACUUCAUUUUAGGCUAUUAUAAUGAUCGCACUUAUGUAUAGCUAUAUGAUUGGUCGGAGCAGUCAUGUGAUAUUGGUGGCGUGUUCGUGGGCUUUGAACUCUGUGUGUUCGCUCUCUUAUCGUUUCAUAUUUCGUACAGUAAAGUUGUUUUGUUGGAUACAUAAUAAAUAUGAUUAAUUAAAGCUAAUUACAAAUACAAUAUUCGAUCAUUAUCAUAAUCUCAAUAAGUCAUUCACGUACAUAAGAAACAAAAGAGGUCCAAGUAUUGAGCCUUGGGGAACACCUGAUAGUAUGGGGAUUGGACACGAUGUCUGAAACCAAUUAAGCAGGUUUCCACAAAUUCCAAAGUUACUUCGUUUUUGAGGUAGAAGCUUAUGAUCAACUUUGUCAAAAGCUUUUGAGAAAUCAAGAUAAAGAAUAUUAGUUUGGAUUCUUUGGUCUAUAUAAACCUUUAUACAUAACUUACAAACAUCAUGGCCGCCACGCAUUUCCCGCUCCACCGUCCGAACAGUCCUGGAUACUACAUCCCUCCAAAACUUUUAUAAGUUAAUCCUACACUAUUUAUCUAAAAAAACACCGACAUAACUGACCUUAAACUAACUAUAACAUCGAACCAUUCAGUUUAUUGUAUUUAUAAUUUAGCUGUGUUUUUUUUCCUACCGCUUUACUCAUGACUUGUAUUGAUGAAUCCUUGUUCCUAUUCGCUUAUAUCAGUAAUCUCUUCCCAUCUCGCACUCUUCGUGCCAUCUUGGGGCUCUUCUCUGUCGUAAAAGUAGGGCCUUCGCUCGAAACGUCGAGUUUCUGCUUAUUUUUUAAGGUAGUAAUAUAACCACUCAGCACAGCACCUUGCACUUGUCCGUUUCCACCCUCGUAUACCUCUUGCUGUAUAUCUGCCUCUACAUCCUGUCUCCUAGCCCUGUCAUCUUGUCGCUGUUCUACUGCUUCCUCUGCCUCACCAACCAAAUUAUCGACUGCUUCGUCUGCCUCGCCGACCAAAUUAUCAUCCUGUUCUUUUGCAUGGAUCUCUUCCUCUCCUCCCAACUGCUCUGGAUGUAUUAUGUCGCUCUGGAAUAGAUCACACUCAUCACAUGUUCCAUUCGUUUUAAUACCACCGCUACCACAUUCAUUGCUAGGUACUUUGAGCAGUUUAAAGAAUGACGAAUUUCCAGUAAUAACGUGUCUUGGAUUAACUCUUGAGGCGGUAAUCAUUGUGCCUUUUGUCGCUGUCACUGUAUGUGGUUUAUAAUCAUAUUCUGGCUGCAACUUUCCUUUUCUUCGUUCAUUACGCACCAGGACCAGAUCACCAACUUUAAGGUUAGACGAUUUAACAUAAGACGUUCGAUCUGCAUACUGCUUGGCUUUCAAUUUCUUUUCCGCAUCUCUUUCACGUACCUCGUUAUCGGUGUCAUGUGACUGCGGUGACAGCUCUGGCAAGCGUACUCGAUACGGUCGUGUUUGGAACGGUAGCUCAGUCGGACUUUUACCUGUUGUGGCCUGGUGUGUGGCGUUGCUCUGUAAUUCCGAAGGAAUUUAAAGAGUUCCUGUUUGCAACAUUCCCGCUCAAUCGAAGAAGUACGCACUACCUUGUUUAUCAUUCUGUUAAAAUUUUGGACCAAUCCAUUAGCUUGUGGGUGGAGAGGGGCAAUAAUGUUAUGUUGAAUUCCCAUAAAUUCACAGUAAUCGCUAAAGGUUUUCGAGUUAAAUGGAGGCCCAUUGUCCCUUUUCAGCUGAAUUGGAAUACCAUAGGACGAGAAAAUGCGGUCCAGCUUUGGAAUUGUUGCUUUAGCCGAUGUUGAUGUUGUAAAUUCGAUCUCAGGACCUUGACACAUAAUCUCACGAUGGUAGCUGUUCAUAGUAGUCAACUGCUAAGCUUUCCCACGGACCAUUUGGAAGCUGUGUAGACUUUACUGGAACCUGUGAUGGCGUAUUCACAGCGUAUUCACACUGAUUAAUAAUUCAUGAGGAAAACGCAAAGAAAUAUCAUAAACGUGUCGUAUCUUUAUACAUAUGUGAUAUAUUCAAAGGUUUCCAAGGUUAUUGAAGUCAAUGUGGAUGCCGACUCGUGAAGACGUUAAGUAACACUAUUACUAGGUUACCCACAGGGCAGUAAUGCUGCCUUCGACAGCAAAAGACAAACUACAGGGUGUUGAACGAGUCCUUCAGAAACAUCCUAUUAUUGUUAUCCUUGCAGGUUAACCCAUUUAUUGACAGUACCCUACCACUGACUGAGUAUUAAAAAUCGUCUGGCGUUGGACAGGGUAUAACGUAAAUACUAAAGUAGGGGUCAUUACUGUGCUGAUGGAUUAACAAGAGACAUUGGCAGAUAGGUUUGUUAACCCAUUUACUGGCAUUACCCUAUACCACUGACGAGUAAAAUCUUCUGGCGCUGGACAAGGGAAGGGCGCAUUGCCAGCUAAUGGGUUAAACCACCGUGGUUAAACAUAAGAUUUGUUGCUCCAGGAAAUGUAAACAAGCUAUCAGUGAAACAUCCCAGUUUAUAUAUUUAUAUACUCGGAAUAUUGAUUUCUCGGUAUAUACAAAAUUAUUUUAAAGUAUAACAACCAGCGAAGAAGUAAGCCACUAACUACCCUGCGCGGCUGCGCGCAGAUUAUAUAAUGACAUAUAUAUGUCAUCCGUCCGGUCCGUCCGUCCAUCCGUAUCCACGUUUUAUCUUACCCGUUUUUAAAACACAAAUUAAGGCAGUGCGGUUCGUCAUGAUCAACAUUUUCAAAAGCGGCCAAUUAGACCAGGGGUUAAAGGUCAAUGACAUGCAAGUGACAUUUAACAUUGCGUCUCACUAAUUCAAAGAAAGCAAAAAUAUAUACAAGACAAUCUCACAUGUGGAAUUUGUUCACUUACGUACUGCCUUGUUAUGCAGUACAAGUAUAAAUACAAAUGACAAAGCAUUUGUAAAUCCUAAAACAUAAUUAAAUCAUACGGCACAUUCAAGAUUUUAUUAAAUAUCGUAUUUCAGCCGCGUUUAUACUGCUUGGCGCAUUCGCUGCGUUAUAUUCAUUUAUACACACAGAAAAGCAUCAAGCAUGUCAUUGUCCUUGCAGACCAUAGGCAAAAAGCAUUUGACAACCACAUACCAAAUUUAAGCAAUCGUUAAAUCAUAGACAUGUCAUGGAAAGAAUAUGGAAAUAAUGUUGAAUGAAAGCUAGCAUCGCGUAUAAUGUUAAAAGCACCGCAUAUAGUGCUCGAACCACUGCGUAUAUUAAUUAAUAAUAAUAAUAAUAAACUUUAUUUAAAAACCAGUUUAGCAACGCUAAUCUUACACUGGGCCUUCUUCCUAAUUGCAAAAGCAACGCGUAUAUAAAUGGUGAAAGCACCGCGUAUAAUGCUGGAACCCCCGCGUAUAAUGCGGGAACCACCGCGUAUAGUGGCGAAAGCACCGUGUAUAAUGCCGAAAGCACCAUGCACCGUAUAAUGCUCAAAGCACCCAACAAAAUGCCGUUUGAUCACUUUAAGCCAGCUAUGGCUUUCCAUAAAAGAAGACCAAAGAUGAAAGAUGAUCACAUCAUGACGACCCGCACGCCUAUAAAUUGAAUUAUCUUGAAGGUGUUAGUUACCACAGCAUUAUUAGUCGAGGCAUAGUUAAUGGAGCAAGAUGGUUUGGAAGCUUCCCCUAUUUUGCGAUGACGUAAUUAUUAUGUUAACCGAUUAAAUUCUAAGGUCACGUGACGACGAAAGACUACAAUCGAAAAAGCGCCAAAAUAUGAUAAUAUAAUAUCGUAGUAAUUUGAUACACGAAUGCCCAAUUGCGCUUUUUACAAUUGUUUUCACAGUAGGCGGUACAAAAACGUGAGUUUGUUUCAAAUUCCAGUUCCUCGUAAUUCAGACAGCGAAUUUACUUUUCAUCGUAAGAAAGAAGCACGAAACGGUUGGAUUAACGCGAUAUUACGAACGAGACAGUUGGACGCUAACUUGAAGACACAGAUCGAAAACAACAAUAUACAUAUUUGUGAGAGUCAUUUUAAAGAGGAGUACAUUGAAAACUUUUCCAAAAGUAAGUCCCUCCAAACUGGUUCAAUUCCAACAGAAAAUCUCCCCGUCAAAAGCUUCGAUCAUCUUAGCACAAGCUUCACUAGUGCGCCGAGAAAAGAACCAGCUCCAAGGCAUGUUUCUCAAGAAACUACAAUUAUAUAUGCCUCUCUUGAUAAGUUCGAUGCAUAUUUGAAAAAAGCUGGAAGGUAUCCAUAUUUUCAAGGUUGGAAUUGGUUCAAAGAAGGGAAUAACACUGUUAUUGAGUUUAAAGAAAGUGAGUACUUGAUUGCAAAGUUUUCUGUACGUGUCGAAUCUACUCUUAAUUAUACUGUUCUUGUUUAUGGCUGGGCAUUGCCCAAUGAUCAUCCCAUAUACGUUUCAAACGAGCGUUCUUUGCAGUGCUGUAAUUUUAAGACGCUUUGUAACGAAAUUGUAUCUCUGGGUAUUUGCAAAGGAACUCUAUUUCCCCUGAAGUCAGGCAAAUCAGUGAAAACACAACUUGUUCCCCUGUUACCAAAUGACUCUUCUCCACAAUAUCGUACAGUUGAAUACUGUCGUGCGCUUUCAUGUCGUGUUCUGGUUUCAUCCAUACUAAGUGACAGUAAACAAUUGCAAUGCGAAUCGUGCAGUCGAGAAUCAAACAGCAAUGUAGGUAACUUCAAUGUGGCUUCUGUUAAGUGUAAAACACCGCUGUCAUGCCUUUCCAAAGAACAACAAAUUGCAACUGUAAAAGACACAAGGGUGAAUUUGAAAGAAGCCAAGCUGAAGUGUGCACAACUCGAAAGGAGAGUACAACGAAUGGAAAAUGAGAUCAAACAUCAUGGUAUUAGAAUAGAAACUGGUUUGGAGAAAGAACUUACAAGUAUCAUCACUAACACAUCAUUAGAAGCAACUCCACACAUGAAACUUGUAUGGGAACAACAGAAGAAAGCACUGAAUCAACAAUCAAACUUUGGUAACAGGUGGCAUCCACAUUUUAUACGGUUCUGUUUGUCUAUUUAUUCAAAGUCGCCUAUUGUUUACCAAGAAUUGAGAGAUUCUGGAACAAUGCAGUUACCUAGUUCCAGAACUUUGAGAUCCUACAGAAACAACUUUAAACCAGGAGCAGGGUACUUGCCUGAGAACAUCAAGUCAUUGAUUUCCAGAACAAAGGGUUUCCUGGAUAAAGACAGGUGGAUUGUCGUCAUGUUUGAUGAGAUGAAGAUUAAAUGUAAUUUAGUGUUUGAUAAACAUUCUGGACGCCUGAUUGGAUUUGUGGAUCUCGGUGAUCCAGAUAUCAACUAUUCAACCUUUGAUAAAAUUGAACCAGCUACCCAUGUACUUGCUUUCUAUGUCAGGGGAAUAACCACUAAAUUGCAGUUUAUGCUUGGUUACUUUUUCACCCGAGAUGUGGUCUCCUAUCAAUUAAUGCCACUUUUUUGGCGUGGUGUUGCUAUAUUACAACUUAAAGCAAAUUUGAAUGUUAUUUGUGCAGUCAGUGAUGGGGCUUCACCAAACCGCAAAUUUUAUCAACUCCACAUUUAUAUUGGUGAAAAACUUAACAACCAGAAAGUUGUGUAUAAAACAAAAAACCUCUUUGCCCCGGGAAAGUGGAUUUGGUUUUUUGCUGAUGCUCCAAAUCUAUUAAAAACGGCUAGAAACUGCUUGCUUAAUUCUGGUUCUGGUUUGAAAUCAAGGUGCAUGUGGAACAAUGAUAAAUUUUUAUUGUGGAACUAUAUAUCAGAUUUAUAUUAUUCUGAUCUGGAACUGGGGCUACACCAACUUCCUAAGCUAACAAUUGAACAUAUCAUGUUAACAUCUUAUUCAAAGAUGAGAGUAAAUCUUGCUGCCCAGGUAAUUUCUACAUUUGUUCAUAUUUUUAAAAUAGUAUAGAUUUAAAUCAUACCAGGAAAGAAAGUGCCUUGGCUUCUUAACAAUUCGUUUUCAAACUAAUACGUCUCCUGUCCUCAUGAACAUCUUGUCUAUAUUUUCAAGGGCAAGUCACAAAUGGUCGAAAACAACAAUCCAUUUUAGAAAUAACAGAUAUAUUUCUUCUCCAGUUUGUUCUCAUGUUGUCAAAACAAGCAAGUUUACGUGCUAACGUGAUUGGACAAUCUUUGUUUCAAAACCGGAAGUGAUCAAUUAAAAUUGUUAAUCCAAAUUCCAAAGUGAAAUAUGAGCAUGAAAUUGACAAUGUUUAUAUUUCUAAACAACAAAUGUUAAUCCAUACAGUUUUAUAUAAUCAUAUUAAAGUAUGUGGCUCAAGCAAUAGUUCGUGAUGACAUUGCUUGCGAAGAAAUAUAAUUAUAUAAAGUUGUAUAAAUCAGGAUUGUAACUAAAUGUUAGUAAACGUUGCUAAACGUUAGUAAAUAUGCAGUGUAUUUUUUAAGGAAUUCCUAUGAGUACAAUGAAAACCACUGCACUCACUGAAUCAUCAAAUUUGAUAUGUUGAUCAUUACAGUAUUACUGUACUUUGUUUCUAAUUGCUUUGUUUUAUUUUUCCAUAACACAGAUCCUUAGCAAUAGGAUGGCCCAAGCCCUUAUCCGUAGCUAUCCAGAAGGAGAAGCAAAUGAAACAGCAAGAUUUUGUAAAUUAAUGAAUGACUUUUUCGACUGUUUAAAUGUUCGUGCAUACAAUGAGGCUACCUGUAAACGGAAUGUACUCCUGGGACCAUAUAGAUCACAGGAUGAUAAAAGGUUUGAAUAGUUAGUAAACACUUUCCUCCAGUACUUUCAUGACUGGAAAAAAGCUGUCGAGACUCGUCCUGGAAAUUUCCUACCAACAGCUGAAGCUAAGAUGUUCAUUUCGCAACAAACUUAUGAAGGCCUUCAAAUCACUGUGCAUUCAACUGUCGAGACUGUCAAGUUCCUCCUUUCCCAAGGUGUUGAUAGUGUUUUGACAGAACGCUUCCAGCAAGACCCGUUGGAAGAAUAUUUCGGAAAUCAGAGACAAAGGGGCGGAAGGUCGGAUAAUCCCGAUGCAUCACAAUUUGCAUAUAAUGAUAUAAUGAUCGAGCCCUUGAUGUCCAACGCAACAUUGUGCCUAUCAAAGCUGGUAACACUGGAAAACGCAGUGCAGAAAAGUCCAGGUGGAACGACAUCAUUGAGGAGCCUCUGGACAAAGCCAAAAAACAAAAAAAAGAAAUAG